CGAAGCUUACACUGGCAUUACAACAAAUUUUAGAUAGUGCUGAGUGGGUAGCCAAUCAGGUUAACACAUAUAUACCGACCGGAAAGCACAUCGUAAGGACUUGCAGGGCAGCGUGAUGUGAGAUUGACCAAAGCGUAGAGGAUGCAAACAGACAUGCUUGAAUAUGCCACUGCAUACUGACCGUAAAGACUAUCGAGUGUUGGUGUUUAUCGCUUUAUGUCAUACACGGAACAAAGGUCAUCGAUAAUAUCUAUCCACGGUCGCGCCCUCACAGAUAGGCAGCAAUAGUACCACUCCUGUAACGCCAGUUGAAAUGGCGACAUUUCAAGGACGGGGCUGUGGCGCCGUCUUGCAUGGCGAUGGCCUUCUGGACCGCAACCGGAGAUUCUUUAUGUUCUCAGCGUUGAUAGUCAUAUGGGGAUAUGCACGUUCUGAAACGAUAGGAACAUUCACGGUUGGCAUAGCGACAUCAAUCUCGGGGCCAUUCUCUGAAUGGAAUGAGGCAAUAAACGGAUACAAGCUCUGGGAGAGCGCCGUAAAUGCCGCUGGCGGCAUCAGCAUACGCGACAUUAAUGGCACCAGCUACCAGUACGGCGUACGGCUCGUGGUUAGGGAUGACAACAGCACAGAGGCUGGACAUGCCAGCGCCCUAGAUGCGUUGCUCAACGAGCAUGGUGCACACUUCAUCUUGGGCGCUUCACCAGCGUUUGCAGAGGCGGAGUCCAUAGCAACGCAUGCAGCCGGGCGCCUUAACUUCCACUGCUGCUCGGGGGACUCGACUAUCUACGCACGUGACCUCAAGAACGUCUUUGGAAUGUCAAUCGACAACUCCCCCUACACACAAGAGCUCUUUACGGAGUUCCGCUCCAAAGACAUCUUCAAGGUGGCCGUCAUCUACCGUAACGACGUCCAGGAACUGCAGACCGCCUGCCAGGGCGUGAUUGCACAGGCGAAGGCGCAGCUGCUGACUGUCGUACUCGAAGUGCCGUACGACCAUAGCAGCAAUACGGCUCUUGCCAGCAAUGUUGAUAAGCUGGCUGCGUCAACCGCUGAGGCACUGGUCAUGUGCGGAUUGGCGGAGGAGAGCAGCGCUACUGUGCAGCUAAUUGAUAAGCGGCAGAAGCCGCUGAAGGCCAUCGUAUUCACUGGCGGCGCUUACAAGAGGAGCUGGAACAACCAGCUAGGGAACCUCUCCGUGUCCGUCUUCUCCUUUGCGAGCUGGGCGCCUGACCUGUCGCGCAAGGACAACUUCUGGGGCGAUUCGUCGUCGUACGCGCUCAAGUACGGCAGCGUGUACAACGGAUCCGAUGCCACCUACAUUGCCGCAGCCGCUUCCGCCACCGGCUACACGCUGCAAGUGGUGCUGGCCGACCUCUUCCGCAAGUGCUCCCUCAGCGCUGCCGCCCUGGCUGACCCCGCCGUACUGCUGUUCACGCAAGGCGCCAUCAACUGUAGUGACUACGUGAACCGAGGACACGACCGGCUGCUCUCCGCGCUGGCCCAAGUGGACCUGGAAACCUUUUACGGCACCGUCAGCUUCAACCGCUACAGGCAAAACCAGGGCUACAGUCCGGUCACACUGCAGACAUACGAGGUCACGGAGAACCUCAUGCUGGCAUACAAACCAUCCGUGGUGCUGCCCCUGAGCUCCGCCACGCGACCGCUGCUGCUGCCACAGCACAACCGCUACGCGCCCGUGUGCCAGCCGGGCACCUACCGGGGAACGGAUGAGUUUGUGGAAUGCAUUCCCUGCAACCCUGGCGAGUUUCAGGAAUUCUCUAGUCAGGGCAACUGCGAGCUGUGUGCCAAGGACUUUUACGCGGACCAGUCCAGCAUGGCGAAUUGCCGGGAGUGCCCCGCCAACACGCUCACCACCCAGCGCGGCUCCAAGAACCUAACAGACUGUAUCUGUAAGGUCGGCUUCUACAACCGAGACGGCCUUCCAGGCUUGCCCUGCGAGGCGUGCCCCAAGAACGCUGUGUGCGAGGGGGGCACCUCCAUGCCCUUCCCGCUGCCUGGAUUUUACGCGGAGCCCGGCUCGCCCCAUGUCAUGUACCCAUGCAACCCGUCUAGCGUGUGUGCGGGAAACUACACAUGCGCUGCGGGCUACCGCGGACGUAUGUGCUCUAAAUGCGCCGCUGGGUACUUCCGGUUUCUGGGCAACUGCGUCACCUGCCCCCACCAGCGCAGCACCGUGCUGGGUUACCUGGUCGUGCUAGCCCUGUUGUGGAUCGUCAUCAACGUCUCCUUCGCACGCAGCGUGGAGAAUCUCAUGGUGGUGGUUAACUUCUGCCAGCUCUUGUCCAUCAUAGUGGGCUUCUCGCUCAACUGGCCACAAAAGAUGUACCAAGUCAUGAGUCUGUCUAGCAUCCUCUCAUUCGAGAUGGAUUCCCUGGAACCCUCCUGCCUAGUGCCCGACUGGGGCUUCGAGCACAACCUGCUGGUGCAGCUGUUGCUGCCGCUAACCAUGGCAACCAUAGUGGCGCUGUACUCCCUGGUCACCUUUGGAGCCUACUGGUUGCAUGAGGCUCGCAUGACACGCUCCGCGAGGGCUGCAUCGAGCCUUCGUUUCGCACAGGAGCCGCCAUGGAGGCAGGUGUUGUGGACUCUGCUUGAUGUUCCCGGGGAUAAACGGGAACUGUACGACAUGUUUUUAGAGCGGUGCGCCGUUCCCCUCAACUUCUUAAACAUCGGUUUCCUGGUGAUGCUCAAGUAUAACCUCAGUGCAUUCAAGUGCACAUCAAUUGCUGGCGUCAAGUACAUUGCAGCUUCGCCAAACGACUUAUGUUACACCAAAAAGCACUGGAACCUUAUGCUUCUUGGGACUACGGGACUGAUAGUAUACAACUUUGGUUUCAUCUUCUUGUACGGUCACGUCAUGCGGCAGCUGCGCAAGCAUCGGGCGCUGGGCGACAGGAAACCGCUCCUGUUGUACGGCUGGAUGUACGAGCGCUACGAGGCGCAGUACUACUGGUACGAGACUACAAUUAUACUGCAAAGAAUGGGUUUCGUGCUGGUCUCCCUCUUCGUCAGCGACCCGGCGCUCCAAGCCGUGCUAUGCAUGAUCGUCAGCGUGGCGGUUCUGCUGCUGGAUAUGCGCACCUCCGCCUACAUGGACAAGCAGAUUCACCUGCUGCAAGCGGUGGCGGAGGGGGUGGUGGGUGCGCUGCUGGUGGCAGGGCUGCUGUUCUACAACCCGCUCAGCGACCCCGCUGUUAUCCGGCCGGUGGAGUACGUGCUGCUUGUGGCCGUGAUCGCGGCUUUUUGCAUGGCCGUUGUGUCGGUUGUGGAGGGCGUGCUAGUCCGGCUGAUCACCAUUUGGCUCAUGUCCAAGCACAGACUCAUUGCGCACAAAAUGGGCCAGCGAGUCAAAGGCUACAGGCACAUGUAUCAGGUCUUCGGAACCAUUUUCCUGUUCAACUGGCUGCGAAAGUGCACGCCUGAGGAGUGGGACGACUGGCACCGCAUGUGCAUGAUCCUCAUCGACUACGUGCACCCCACAUCGGAUGUGUCGUACCUGUCUCUCAAGAAGGUCGGCCGCUUCUGGAGGUACUUGCUGAGCAACUUUCCAGAGACCAUUGACUACCUGGUAUCAGUUGACGAGGAGCAGCGUGCGCACUUCAACAGCUUUGCCGAGGUGUUGUACGACUCAUUCUUCGACACCAAGGAGGAGCACCACUACCAGGUCUAUUAUUACAUUAAUGACAAAUUCAAAGCGGCCUUUGCGCAGUGGCUCAGCAGCUGCGAGGAUGAGGACCGCGCCUUCUGCCAGCAGGUCAUGAAAACCGCUCUGGGCAAGGCCAUAGGCACGCAGGCGGCCACAGAGCUCGGCGCGGCCAUGUGCCGCUCAAGCAAACUAAGCCACACACUCACCGCGCUGCAAGCCAUCGAGAAGUUCAGGAGCGGGCUAUCCAACGCAGGUAAUCCGCCGCCGCCCCCCGAGAGCUCGCCCUCACCCAUGCCCAGCGUUAGGGACAUUGGCGGCAUCAACGUGCGGUUCAGGGCAUCUGCAUCGGACCAGCCGGAGGGCGGUUCUGAUCAGGACCCUGGCUCCAGACAACACAGUCGGACUGCAGACGGCAGCAGGUGCCUCAGCAUCCUCAAAUCUGUGCGGUAUUCCACGAGCUCACUGGACGCGAUGGAGGGAGGCAGGACCAGCCCUGGCCCGCCUCCUUCACUAGGUGUGGCAACGCCGGGGAAGCAAAGCACGCAUGACUUCAAGGUGUCGUUUACCGGGGCGCCGAUCGAUGCACCGGUUGAGGUGCAAGAUAAGCUGCAGCAGCAACAGCAGCAACGUAUGCUGAUGACGACUACAAGCGGAUGCGGAGUGCUCACGGUAGCAGCAGCGGCUGGUGAGGAAGCCACGGCGCCAGGAGCAGCAGCAGCAGCAGCGUCGACAACAGCCACUGUUGGAAUGGCUGCCACUGUUACGUCGGCGCAUUCAAGCAGCGUGGAACUACCAGGCAUGCGUGCAUCCCUUGUUAGUCCCACACGGCCGCAUACGGCAGAGAACCUGCCUCGGCAACAAGGACAGCAACUGCUGCAAGCACCAGAAGAACACCAACAAGGACAAAACGAUCCACAGCAGCAACCCCAGCAGCCGCAGCAGCAGCUAUCACCAUCCGGCUCACUGACGCCCCCAACGCCACGACCCAUGCUGCUGCUUCCAAGACAACUGGAUGUCAACCGUUGCUCCGUCAGCAGCAACACUGUAUACGAGGAGGUGCUUCCCAUGACGACCCGACCUGAGGAAGGCGCCGCCGCCACAGUCGCCGCACUCGCCGGCUUAUCAUCAGACACCACCGCCUGUUCGGCCACGGAGGUCGCAUCAGCAUCACCUUCUGGCUGCUUUCGUAUGUCCCCAUGCAACCCUAACGGCCGUACGGCAACAUCCCAACCGGGUGCUGCUGCUGCAACCACGCCGGCGAGGGACACGGUGCUAGCGUCGCUGCGUCGCUCUGCCACGUCAAGACUCUACCGCCAGGCACCGGAUCUGCCCCCGGGUGAUCUGGUGCUUGCCGUUGGGAACCCGGACAUAGAAGAGCUCGACAUCGGUAAAGAGACCACCGUCACAAGAAAGGACGGCUUCGGCGGUGUAAGGGGCGGCGGCCUUGGCAGCAGCUGGCGUGGAAAUGACGGCGGCGUAGGGCGCGCUAACAACUACAACAGUAACGGCGGCAACAACCCGCCGUUGAAGAUUCGUGGGGACAGCGCCGAAAACUUACGGGGCUUAGAUGAGGCCGAGCAGUUGGGCAGCACGUGGACAUCUGUUGAGGCCUUGAUGACCCUUCCGGUGCUCGGAAGCUCGGGUGUAAUGACCCUUGCCGGCGCGCCCCUCACCAACACCGGCAGCAGCAGGUCGGCAGCUGGAGGCUACCCCACGGCGUCAGUUAUGGGUGGUUCCUUCGUCAGGAGGAACACUGCAGCGGCGUACGGGGUGGUGGAGGAACAGCGGCAGCUGCAACUGCCAGUGCAGCAGCAGUCGCAGCAGCUGCGGACAUGGGCGCUGCAGACGGGUGCGAUGGCGGCGGCGGGAGGAGGCGGCUGGGAAGCAGCGGCGGCGGCGGCGGCGGGAGGAGGCGGCUUACAGCAGGGGGCGAGCAGUGCGGCCGACGAUGAAGGCGGGGACGGGGUCGUCGAGGUUUUCCAUGCGGAGAAGGGCGGGCAGGACGAGUGAGCCGCGCCGGCGAUGGUUUAGCAGGCAGGCUUGGAGGUGAGGACGAAGUUGAAUAAACAUUUAGAGCAGGGCGUGACUGACUGGUCUUUCCGACGACCUAGAGCAUCAAACGGGCAGGUGUGUGGCUGCUUAGUAGUGAUGGAACCGCAAUAGUUUAUUGGGAAGAGCUGGUGAAGUAACCGAGUGGAGCAAGGCAAGCAGCGGAGCAGCAGGGCUGUGUGUGUGGUAACAUGGCUAGAAUGCAUGCAGCAGCCGAGCAGAGCGUGGGAAUGGGUGUAAACCUUGCGUGUGCGGCCGCCGUACAAGCCGUGUGGCGGCUUGCAGGGAGGGGAUGAGCGGCCAUGCAAGCUGCCGUCGAACUUGGUCAACCCACAAUCAGCACGAUAAAUAUAUUUCUGACGUUUGUGCUAAUUCACUUUCCAGUACUAUCGAAGCGGGUUCAUGUGGGCCUUUGUUUCGUGCUUACCGUACUGGUACGAUCUGCCAUCCGGGGCGCAUGGCGUGUGUGUCAGCGUGUGAGCCGGGGGUAGCUACGUUGUCUGUGUUUCUGCAAGCCUGCCUGAGGCUUGACAGCCUAUCUUGAGAUAUUCAUCCACCAAGAAAACUACAACCCUGCUAUAUCGUAAGCGGUAUAAGGUUUUGCCGUCGUGUCGCGUUGUUGAGAUGCAUGUUGCAGCAGUUGACGUGUAGCUCAAGGUUCCAAAUGCAUGCUGUUCCUCCUUGCGGGUUUUGCGUUGCUUCGUGACUUGUGCUGCAGGUGUUCUGUCAUUUGCAAACCAUAAGUGGCACCGCUUUGGGUCUAAGGACCUGCUGCCUGGCUCAUAGGGGGUGUUUUUUCGAUGUGGAUUUUCCCUUUAGGCCUUCCUAAGAUGUUCGUUGGUUCGCCAGCCUUACUAAUGCAAUUGAUAAUACGUCGUUGGCCAAAGUGUCCCUGUGUUGCGCCUUGCGUUGUUUGUUUGAUUUAACAAUAAGCAGCCCAGUAGCCCUUUGGGUUGUUCAGGAGGGACGCAAGGGGCAGCCUCAGGCAUCGUUGUUGGGUUUAGGUAUCUCGGCUGGUUGGACGGGGAGAAGGCCGGCUUACAUUGGAAUGACAAGGAAGAGCUUAACUGCCCAGUUUGCUCGUCCCGAAUAGGGGCGUGGAGGAGAUUAGUAAUGCCAAGGGAUGCCGUGCUUCCGAUCAAUGCUGGUCCU